CACGUUUACCCGGAAGACUUUCGGUGGUACACACGAGUGAACUUGUAGAGAAGAAGCAACAUGAAAACACAUUUGCAUUCAACUUAACGCUAACUUUUCUUGUGUAGUUUUGUGAGUAAAACUACUGGCAAGAAAACAUGGCUUCUACGUCGGACUCAGACAAGCCGUCGGUGUCCAACGUGGAAGAAAACAGAAGUCGUCUCUGCGAUGAGUUUGCAGCUAUAGCGGGAACUGACAGUGCUGUGGCUCAAUGCUACCUGGCUGAAAAUGAAUGGGAGAUGGAGAGGGCCCUGAACUCGUUCUUUGAGGCUGACUUGGAAAGAGCAUUUGAAGUGGGAAACUCCCCAGAAAGAGAGACCAGCCCCAAACCAAAGAGGCAGAAGGUUGAGGACAAGCCUCCAGGAGGAGACUGUAUAGAUUUGACUGAGGACAGCCCAGCCUCCACAAGGAAACCCUCAGAAGAAGAUGACGAGAAGCUGUCGAUGAUCUCGUGGAACGUGGAUGGCCUCGAUACGGACAACCUUGCAGAACGUGCCAGAGGACUGUGCUCCUUCCUAGUCCUAUACACUCCUGAUGUGGUGUUCCUACAAGAGCUCAUCCCACCUUACGUCCAGUAUUUAAAGAAACGGGCCGUGAGCUACCUAAUCAUUGAAGGUGGUGAAGAGGGUUACUUCACUGGAAUAAUGCUGAAGAAGUCGCGGGUCAAAUUCCGGGAGAGCGAGAUAAUACCUUACCCCACCACUCAAAUGAUGAGGAAUCUCCUUAUUGCUCAGGUGGAUUUCAAAGGCCAGAAGUUUUGUCUGAUGACGUCCCACCUGGAGAGCUGUAAAGGCCACGCAGAGGAGCGCAUGAAACAGCUGCGAGUGGUGAUGCAGAGGAUGAGAGAGGCGCCGGACGAUGUCACCGUCCUGUUUGGAGGGGACACGAACCUGAGGGACACUGAGGUGGCCAAGGUGGGUCUGCCCUCCACUGUCUGCGACGUGUGGGAGCGGCUGGGAAGGCAGGAGCACUGCCGCUACACGUGGGACACCAAAGCCAACACCAACAAGACUGUUCCUUACAUCAGUCGCUGCCGCUUCGACCGGGUUUACUUCCGCCCCGCUACCAAGAAUGGCGUCCAACAUCUGGCCCCGGAUCACAUGGCCCUGGUGGGACUGGACAAGCUGGACUGUGGACGCUACACGAGUGAUCACUGGGGAAUCUACUGUAGCUUCUCUGCGGGGUAGAAAAUGUUUGAAACAUGCCGAAACAUGCCAGUUACAGCUUCGUUUAAUGUCCUCAGUUUGUAUUAUGGGUUUUACAGUCCCAGCGCAGACCACGUCAGUGCUGAGGUUCAGUCCACAGCGACGCUUUCUCUGUGAAAGAAGACAUUCUGCCCUCGUCUGAGGUAUCUUGAUUUGAUUGGUUUUAUCUUGUAAUGUCUUUGUUCAAGUUUUUCCCCCGUGCCUAAAAUAGCAAAAGAAACGUAAAGAAAGAACCAAUAAAUGUUAAAAUACACAAA